ACUCCCAGACAAUACAGCCAAGCACUAAAUAAGAGUAACAGAGUUCACCUUUACUGUGCAUUUCUGGACUAUAGCAAUGGAACUGGUGUUUGGUCUAAUGAAGGUUGUGUGCGUGAGAGUGGGGACCUCAACUACUCAGUGUGUCUUUGUAACCACCUCACUAACUUCGCCAUUCUGAUGCAAGUGGUGCCUCUGAAGCUAACAAGAGAACACCAGGUGGCCCUCUCCUCCAUCACUUACAUUGGCUGCGCUCUGUCCAUCUUCUGCUUGGCGAUCACGCUGGUCACGUUUGCUGUAUUGUCGUCUGUCAGCACCAUCCGCAACCAGCGCUACCAUAUCCAUGCCAAUCUGUCCUUCGCUGUCUUGGUGGCUCAGAUCCUGCUUCUCACCAGCUUUCAGUUCAGCCCCGGAACGGUACCUUGCAAGAUCUUGGCCAUUCUGCUUCAUUUUUUCUUCCUGAGUGCUUUUGCAUGGAUGCUGGUAGAAGGAUUUCAUCUUUACAGUAUGGUAAUCAAAGUAUUUGGGUCAGAAGAGAGCAAGCACUUAUAUUAUUACGGAAUUGGAUGGGGCUGCCCACUGGUGAUUUGUGUAAUUUCUGCAACAUCAUCUCUGGACAGCUAUGGAGAAAGUGGCAACUGCUGGCUUUCACUAGAGAAUGGAGCAAUCUGGGCUUUUGUGGCACCUGCAUUGUUCGUAAUUCUGGUCAAUAUCGGGAUUCUCAUCGCUGUCACAAGAGUUAUCUCAAGAAUCAGUGCAGACAACUAUAAGGUGCACGGAGAUGCCAAUGCCUUCAAACUAACAGCUAAAGCCGUUGCUGUUCUCUUACCAAUCUUGGGAAGCUCAUGGAUCUUUGGGAUUUUGUCUGUCAAUGCCCAUGCAUUAGUAUUUCAGUAUAUAUUUGCUGUUUUCAAUUCACUACAGGGAUUUUUCAUGUUCCUGUUUCACUGUCUUCUGAAUUCAGAGGUUAGAGCUGCCUUUAAGCACAAAACCAAGGUCUGGUCCCUUACCAGUAGUUCAACUCGCAACAUCAACGUGAAACCCUUCAAUUCAGACAUUAUGACUGGGAACAGGCCAGGCACAACCCCCACAAAGCUGAACACCUGGGAUAAAAGCACCAACUCAGCCAACCGCGUUGAUUUAUCAGCAGUCUGACAGUAACACCAGCUUCCCAGUGAAAAUCAAGCCAUACAUUCAGGACCGCUGACACAGUGUCCACCAGUUGUUUUUCUCACUGUUAAUAGCAGUAGGAAACUGCUUUUUAAUCACUGCCUAAUAAAUUGGGAAUUGCCAUAUUGUUUUGCUGAGUAAAUAGCCCUCAGCUGCUUGCCUUCCAAACACGUUCUACACUUGGCUAUUAGCAGUAUCUGUAAAAAUAACUAGCACAAAUAUACACUGGAUGGUUUUGUCAGCAAUGAGGAAAACACUAGGUAUGCAAAAAGGACUUUGCUAUCUGAAUCAUUCCAGCUCCCAGAACUGAGGAAAGGCAACAUACCUCUGGAAGGAUGGAUUUUUAUACUCUAAAAUGAAAUGCUUCCCAUUGUGAUGUUGUAAUGGGGCUAUUCCAGUCUUGCUGUGCACUAUCCGUUUACAUUCAUUACCUUACAGAAUCCAAUUAUUGAAGUGAAACUUAUUCAAAA